AUGUCAGAUCUCAACGAUUCUGCCGUCCAAGCUCAUCAUGAGAAAGGGGACUCUGCUGAGUUGCGGGAGAUAGCCGGCGAUGGCAAUCUUGUUUACGCUGAUGUCGAAGACGAGCCAGCUCUCCACUGGAAAACAUGGCUUGCUAUCCUGGCCAUCUUCUUCCAACAGUUCGCAACGCUCUUCGCCCUUAUAGGCCCUCCCACGGUGCUCAUUUACAUUGGGAGAGAUUUGCAGAACUCGCAAAGGCAGAACUGGAUCCCCAACAUUGCGCCAAUGGUGCAAGCUUCGUUGGGUCCUUUCUUUGCCUCAGCCUCGGAUACCUUCCAGAUCCGAAAACAAUUCUUGAUGGGAUUGAGUGUUCUCGGCUUCAUCGGCUCAACGAUCGCACCAGGAUCGCAAGACAUAUACCGGCUCAUUGGGGCUAGUCUGUUGAUUGCCAUGGCUAUUGCGACAGGGCCGAUCGCGUACGCCGUACCUAGCGAGAUUGUUCCUAGAAGAUGGCGUCCAUUUGCACAAGGUGCGAUUAACGUUGGCGCAGGUCUUGCCGCCACCACCGCGCCCAUUAUCUGCGGUGCCAUGCAAAGCGGAAUUGGCGGUGGUGGAUGGCGCAACACUUAUUGGCUUCAAGCUGGACUCUGGGGCGCGUCAACCAUCGGAAUCCUGGUUGGGUACAACCCACCCAAAAGGCAUACACGGUAUGACCACCUCUCUUGGAUUCAAAAGCUAGGCAAAUUGGACCUUGUUGGGUCCUUUCUUCUGACAGCCGGAAUGACUUUGCUAAUCACCGGACUCAACCUUGGUGGAAACUUAUUCCGAUGGAGGAGCGCUGAAGUGCUCGGAUGUCUGAUCUCCGGUAUCCUAAGCUUGAUAACGUUUGGCGCCUAUGAGGCAUGGGGCACAGCUACUGGCAUCCUACAUCACGAUCUCUUCCGAGACAACGGGCGCCACCUGGCAGCUCUGACAACUUGCUGCGCGCUAUUUUGGUUGGAAGGGUUGAUGUUCUUCGGCUUCGCCAAUUUCUACCCGAUUUUGAUGACCUUCCUCUUCACGACCAAUACUGUGAUGGUGGGAGUAUACUCGCUUCCGUGUUUUGCCAUCGCAACAGUAACAACCAUGCUAUUCGCUGCAUUCAGCAGCAAAGCCAAGAUGAUACGCUCACCACUGGUCAUCGGCUUCGCAAUCUGGACGGCUGGUAUUGCGGUGCUCGCAGCUGUGCAGCCCGGACAGCUCGGAAUCGCCCUUGCAGGGGCAACGCUCGUGGGUGUUGGCAUUGGUGCCCCCAUAGUCCUGAUUAUUGCAGCCGUGCAGCUCUCCAGUCCCCACCACCUGAUCGCCACUGCCACAGCAGCCGUUGUCGCUUCACGUGCGCUGGCUGGUGGAAUUUUCACCGCAGUAUACUCGGCUGUCAUGACCAACCGCCUCGACAAGUACAUCCCGUCAUACGUUUCUACGGCGGCGCUUGGUAGCGGUCUUCCCCCAAGCUCGCUUGGUGCGUUCAUCGGAGCACUCACGUCGCACGACUUUGCCGGGCUGUCUCAGAUACCCGGCGUAAGUCCUGCCAUCACUGCUGCUGGUGCAGCCGCAUUGACAAAGGCAUAUGCUGAUGGAAUACGCGUCAUCUUCAUCAUUGCAGCGCCGUUCGGCAUCGUUGCUUGCAUUUUUACGUGCUUACUUCCGAAUCUCAAGGGGAAGAUGGAUUACCUUGUCGAGGCGCCGAUGGAAGAAUUGCACCAUCGUCAUCACCAUUUUUCGCAUUCGACAUCUCCGGGCAGUCAUCAGUGA